CUCUAGUAUCCUUGUGGCAGAUUGAAAUCGCCUUGGUAUUGGAAUUUGGGAGUUUAGUCAGGACGCGCUUGUGUCACUUCAAGGAGAGUUCCUCUUAAUAUUCUCUUCUUCGAAAAGUUGUCUGCCAGAAAAUGAGCAAUGAAGACGUUUAGCAAUUUCAGCACGGAUGUUGCUGCCACUGUCCUCGCUGGGUAAUCGAAUCGUAGUGAUGAACCCAAGAAGUUCAGCGGAGUUUCUACACAGUUUGCGGGGGUGCUGAAAAACUUUCACACUUCAACAACUUUACAGGAAGCAAACGCUUGGACACACUUAUGGGAUUAGAUUUUUUCCUGUGUAAAUUUCAGCAAGUAAAAGGGAUAUUUUCACUUUCGUCAUGAUGAUUCCACUCUCGCGAACACAGCUUGCUCUGUUUUUUAUCCUCCUUUGUCCGGUUAACAUAAUCGGCUUGUGGUGGGCAGUGGGGAGCCCGCUGGUCAUGGACCCCAACAGCAUCUGCAGGAAGACCAAGCGUCUGGCCGGCAAACAGGCCGAGCUGUGCCAGACGCAGCCGGAGAUUGUCAACGAGGUCGCCAAGGGCGCCAAGCUGGGCGUGCGGGAGUGCCAGUACCAGUUUCGUUUUCGUCGCUGGAACUGCACCAGCCAGAACAAGUACUUUGGCAAAAUCCUGCAGCAAGACAUCCGGGAGACGGCGUUCGUUUACGCCAUCACGGCGGCCGGCGUGACCCACACGGUGACGCAGGCCUGCAGCAUGGGCGAGCUGCUGCAGUGCGGCUGUGAGGCCACCCGGAGCCGAGCCCCGCCCAGGCCCCCCGCCGUGCCCGGCAGCGCCACCGAGGGCGUCAAGUGGGAAUGGGGUGGCUGCGGCGACGACGUGGAGUUCGGCUACGAGAAGUCCAAGCAGUUCAUGGAUGCCAAGAGGAAGAAGGGCAAGAGCGACAUUAGGACCCUCAUCGAUCUGCACAACAAUGAGGCGGGACGUCUGGCAGUGAAGAACUACAUGCGAACCGAGUGCAAGUGCCAUGGUCUGUCAGGCUCCUGCACGCUGCGGACCUGCUGGAAGAAGAUGCCUCACUUCCGCGAGGUGGGCGACCGGCUUCUGGAGCGCUUCAACGGCGCCUCCAAGGUGAUGGGCGGCAACGACGGCAAGACGCUCAUCCCCGUCGGCCAGAACAUCAAGCCACCGGACAAGCAGGACCUCAUCUACUCGGCCGAGUCGCCCGACUUCUGCCUGCCCAACCGCAAGACGGGCUCGCUGGGCACGCGCGGUCGCAUGUGCAACAGCACGGCCAUGGACAUGAGCGGCUGCGACCUGCUCUGCUGCGACCGUGGCUACCGUGAGGAGGCGGUCAUCUUCGAGGAGAACUGCCUCUGCCGCUUCCACUGGUGCUGCGUGGUGCAGUGCAAGAAGUGUCUGGUGCGCAAGGAGCUCAGCCUGUGCCACUAG